ACAACCAUGGCGGCGUCCGACAAAUCCACUAAAGAGCGGCUGUUAUCCGUUUUGGAUGAUCUCGAAGUUUUAGCCAGAGAGUUAAUAGAGAUGCUCGCAUUGUCACGGAGCCAAAAAUUGCCCCAACCAGGCGAAGAUACCCAGGUGCUGGAGUUGCUGGUACAGAGGGAUAAGGAGUUUCAGGAGCUGAUGCAGGUGGCAGUGGAGCAGGGCCGAGUGCACCAGGAGAUGCAGACACUGGAAAAAGAGGUGGAGAAGAGAGACAGCGACAUCCAGCAGCUCCAGAAACAGCUCAAAGAGGCGGAGCACAUCCUGGCUACAGCUGUUUAUCAAGCAAAGGAGAAGCUAAAGUCCAUUGAUAAGGCCAGAAAAGGAAGUAUCUCGUCUGAGGAGAUCAUUAAAUACGCCCACAGAAUCAGUGCCAGUAACGCCGUGUGUGCCCCUCUCAACUGGGUGCAAGGCGACCCACGCAGACCCUACCCGACUGACGUGGAGAUGCGGAGUGGAAUGCUGGGUCACAUGAGCAAUCUGUCCACCAAUGGCGUUAAUGGACACCUGCCUGGAGACGCACUGGCUGCUGGGAGAUUACCAGAUGUGCUUACUCCUCAGUACCCCUGGCAGUCUUCUGAUGUUUCCAUGGGGAUGCUGCCCCCUCACCAUGGCAACGACUUUGGGUUGGAGCCUCCGGGCCAUAACAAAGAGAACGAGGAUGACGUGGAGGCCAUGUCCACGGACUCAUCCAGUAGUAGCAGUGACUCAGACUGAGUGUGUGUGUGUGUGUAUA